AUGGCUCAGUUGAAGAACUGGUGUUUUGGAGAAGGCAUAGACCCGGUGAAAGCCUUGCUGGUUAAAGAUGUACCUCCGGAAACUGAAGUUGGGUUCAUUGAAGAAACGCUGCAGACUGUUAAAGAACUCAGGAGAGUCAAGGUGAGAGGAAGAAUGUAUGACCCUCAGUCUCAAAGUUUAACUGUGCUAUGUGAGUGCAGGGAGAAGGUGAAUAAAAAGGCCAUUCCUCUUGAUGUUGUUCCUGAGUGGUUUGCUAUUACUUGGAGAAUCUUUGGACCUUCUGAGCAGGAGGAAGAACCCCAAGCUCAGGCAGCCGGUGAUGGUCACAAUGUGCCACUGCCAGAUUCCAUUUUUUUCUCCCCACUUCUAGCGUCCACUCCUGAAGCUAUCAUUCGAGCAGUUUGUGAUGUCCUGCAAAUGACAAGCAAGCACACACAUGGUGACAACAAUCUUUACAGAAGACUGCACACUUUCUCAGGGGUCAUGCCCACACCCCCAGGAGAAGAACAGUUGGAAAACUGGGUUGAACAAGCCAGACAUAUGAUUGAAGAAUAUGAUCGCCCUGAAAGAGAAAAGAAAAUGAGAAUAAUGGAAAGUGUAAAGGGUCCUGCACUCGAAAUCCUCCAAGCUGUCCGUUUCAAAAACCCAUCUGCAUCCUCUAUGGACUACAUUGACAUCCUCGAGACCACCUUUGGCAACCCCGAGAGCGGUGAAGAACUUUACUUUGCCUUCAGAAUGUUGUGUCAACAUCCCAACGAGAAACUCUCUGAGUUCCAGAGACGCCUUGAGAGAGUCCCAAAUAAAGUUGUCCAAAAGGGUGGACUCCAGUCAUCGGCGGCAGACAAAGCACGUCUUGACCAACUCAUUAAAGGGGCCAUCAGGUCUGACAUUAUGAUACUAAAUCUCAGAUUAAGAAACCGCAGAGACAGUCCUCCCACUUUUCUCGAGCUGCUGAAUGAGAUACGCCUGGAGGAGGAGCAUGAAGUUUCAUUCUCCAUCCACCCAAAGCUGUCUACGCCAAAAGUGCUACUGUGA